GCUUUCCUUUCGUAAGCAUGAAGCCUUACAUGCUAGCUAGUGUCUUUUUAUUAUUUUACACAGUUUUCGUCCAUUCAGCGUCGGUUGUGCCUAAAGUUUUUAGUGAUGAUGAAUUUAUAAGUUGUAAUUAUGUUGGAGGAAGUGAUGGUGCAAGUUAUGAGUGCAUAUUGUCCAUAAAUAAUCCAAAUGGAAUUGAAUUUGAUCAGAUUGAAGGCACACAUCUGACAGGAUUAAGUAAUGCGGAUGUGGAACUUGUGAAUGCAUAUUCUGGCAACUCAAGGAUCAUUCCAUCAGUUAUUUGCCGCCAGUUCCCUAAUGUCUAUCAUUUAACAAUCAUGAGCAUUAAUGUUGAGGAACUAACACCAGCUGCUUUUGCUGAAUGUCGUAAUUUAGUCGACGUGUUCUUAGUGUUCAAUCAAAUCACAUCAGUUCCUGCAAAUACAUUCGCAAAUAGUCCACGUCUUGAAUACAUUGAAUUAUCCAGGAACAGAAUUUCUGAAUUAAAUGAAAAUUCAUUCACUGGAACUGCUUUGAGCUUUGUCGCAAUUGACUAUAAUGAACUUUCAUCCUUUGAUCAAAAUUGGUUCACAUCAAUCAAUGGAACUUUGAGACAUUUGGAAUUUAUGCAGAAUAGAAUUGAAGAGUUGGAACCUAAUGCUUUUGGAAAUCUUCGAGAAUUAAGAGAACUGAUCUUCAACUAUAACACAUUAACAUCAGGAAUUGCAGAUGCAGCAUUUGAUGGUCUCAACAACCUUGAAAGCCUCUCAUUAUCCCGAACUGGAAUAACAUCAAUAAGUCCAGCAUGGUUCAGCACACUGUCAUCAUUACGAGCAUUUUAUGCUGUAGGCAAUGAAAUUACAGAAUUAGUCAACGGCACAUUUAAUUCAUUAACCAACUUCCGUGAACUUUAUCUUAAUGGAAAUAGAAUUCGAGUGAUUACAAGUGGAGCUUUUGGUCCAAGUGCCAGAAAUCUUCGAACAUUCUACAUCAGUGACAAUCGAAUUAAUAAUGUUGAUCCAUAUUGGUUGAAUGAUGCUGAAAACCUUGAGUAUCUUUUAUUAGCUGGCAACUUGUGUACGGAUCAAGAUUUCCUUAAUGUUCCUGCAAUGAGAUGGAGAAUUUUUGAGGAACUCCGCCAAUGUAUAGACAAUUAUAUGCUGCAACCAUGGGCUCAUUGUCGAUAUGAAAUGACUGGCAUAUACUCGUGUGCACUUAUGACUCACAAUCCAAAUGGCGUUAAUGAUUUCACUGAAGUCUAUGGUGAGCAUGUGUCUGGACAAAACAAUUCAGAUGUUGUACAAGUCACGGCAACUUUCUCAAACACGAGAAUCAUUCCAACAAUUCUAUGUCAGCAAUUCUCUAACUUGAGAACGAUUGCACUUAUUAACAGUAAUGUUGAGGAUUUAAGUGAAGAGAGCUUCACACAUUGCGCACAUCUUGAAGCACUCUCGCUUCACAACAAUUGGAUUGAAACGAUCGCCGACUUUACAUUUAGAAAUGCACCAAAUUUAAGAAAUAUUGACAUUGGUGGAAAUAGAAUCGCAACUUUAUCACCAAACUCAUUUACAGGAACUCGACUUGAUUUUAUUGAUUUGGAUAUGAAUCGCUUCUCAUCAUUUGACCAGAGAUGGUUGGAGUCGGUUAAUUCUACAUUAACUGGAAUUGACUUAUUUGGGAACUCUCUUGUGAUGUUGGAAGCUGAUGGAUUCUCGAAUCUCGUCAACUUACAAACUCUCCAUCUAGGCAGCAAUCCCCUUUGGAAUAUACCAGCAACAGCAUUCGAUUCUCUCGUCAAUCUUUUAUUAUUAAAUCUAAGUCGAUGUUCGUUAGCAUCAUUAAAUCCUAGUUGGUUCCGAAACCUUCGUAAUAUUAUGACUUUGAGCAUCCAUCACAACAAUAUUGACGAGUUUCCAGAUGGAGUCUUUGACUCAUUAGAAAGUUUGUUUUCAAUUUCAUUUAAUGAUAACAAUUUGAGGAAAGUUAGCGCAGAUGCUUUUGGAUCGUCUUUGUCAAGUAUUAAUUCAAUAACUGCUGAUCGGAAUCGCAUUCGAGCAUUUGAUCUGAGAAUAGUUUCAGAGGCUUCAAAUCUCAAUUGGUUGUUUCUUCGAGAUAAUAUUUGCACACAAGAAGAUUUUAUGAACAUUCAAGUUGAUAGAGAUUUUGUGAUUAAUAGGCUGUAUACAUGUGCUUCAAACUUUGGACCUGAAAGUAUCAGAUGCUUAUUUUAUCAGCCUGGUGAGCAAUACACAUGCUCAUUAAGAAUCUUCAAUCCAUUGGGGAGGAAUAAUUUUGAAGAUGUCGAAGGUGAUCAUAUGACAGGCAGGACUGAUGAAGAUGUUCGAAUUAUGUAUAUUAAUGAAGGCAAGACAUUGAACAUUCCAUCAAUUAUUUGUGAGAAAUUCCCUAAUUUAGAGUCAAUGGACUUCCUUCAUGAUGAAAUUGAGUACUUGGAAGAAAGUUCCUUUGGUAACUGCCGGAACCUUCGAAGAAUUUACGUCUAUGACAAUGAAAUUGAGAGCAUCCCUCAAGGAUUAUUUAGAAACAAUCCAUUGCUUGAGGAGCUUAGUCUUGGACACAACAGAUUGACAGCACGUGGAAUUCCUUCAAAUAUCUUUGCUGGCACUUCCUUAACAUUCCUUGAUUUAAGUCAAAAUCCAAUUCAAGAUUUCAAUUCAGCAUGGAUCAUUCCUGUGGCAUCAACGUUGACUACAUUAGAAAUUUAUGAGAUUGGUGCUACUCACCUUCCAAUUCUAUUCUUCAACAAUCCAUCAGUUCUUGAAGUUUUGGAUGUGUCUAGAAAUCCAAUCAGAGAAAUAAUUCCAGCAGUUUUUGAUCGUCUGCCAACACUUAAGGAACUCGAUAUGGCUGAGUGUCUUUUCCGUUUGAUUGAUCCAAAUUGGUUCCAACAACUUAGAGCACUUGAGACAUUGAGAUUAAAUGGAAACUCCUUACUGAGUAUUCCAGAAGGCACAUUUGCAUCUUUAACAAAUUUAAGGACACUUUACAUUUACAACAACAGACUUCGUGAGUUAAAUGUUGCCUCAUUUGGAGCAUCUAUAACUUCACUGCAGUUCCUUUAUGCAAGCUACAAUGAUAUUAUGGGAGUUGAUCCAACAUUCUUGACAUCAGCAUCAAGUCUUUCUAUUUUAUACAUGGCUGAAAAUGUCUGUGCACAAGGAACCUUCUAUAAUGUCAGUCAAGACACGUCACCAGUUGAAGAAGCUUUGUCGUCGUGCAUUAAUAACUUCUCAACUGAAAAUAUUCGCUGUAAUUAUGUUAGAGCUUCACAGAACAGAUAUAGCUGCUUAAUGGAUACAUUCAAUCCACUGGGAAGAAAUAAUUUCCAGCAAGUUGAUGGUGAACAUUUAGCAGGUAGCAGUGAUAAUGAUGUUGAGGUCAUUGAAAUUAGGAACCAAAAUACUAGAAUCAUCCCAUCCAUCAUCUGCAAUCAAUACAGAAACUUGAGAGUCCUGACAAUCUUCAACAGUCAUCUUGAUCUCCUCUCAGAAAGAAAUCUCAACGAAUGCCGGCACUUGACUAGCUUGAUGAUCUAUCAAAAUGAUUUGCGAGAGCUUCCGAACUAUGCCUUGCUGAAUAAUGAUGCAAUUGUUCAUUUGGAGCUUGGAUUCAAUAGAAUCAACAGAAUUGGUGACUUUGCAUUUACUGGAACUGCAGUUGAGUCUUUAGAUCUUGCUGGCAAUGAUUUGAUGAUGUUUAAUCCUUUUUGGUUUGAGCCAAUUAACAGCACAUUGCAACAUCUAGAUUUACUUAAUGCAAAUAUUCGAGCAAUUCCUGCAAAUCCAUUUAGAAAUAUCAGGAACUUGAGAUCUUUGGUUCUUAGUAGAAAUCCAUUGUGGAGCUUACCUGCAAAUAUAUUUGAAGGACUUGAUAACCUCGAAGAUCUUUACUUGUCAAAUUGUGAGCUUUCAUUUUUUGAUGCCAACUGGUUCCGUCCUCUUGGCAGUGUUCGUACUUUGUACCUUGAUAAUAACUGGUUCAGUGUUACUUCACCCAACAUGUUUAAUUCAUUUAGAAGCCUUUCAAUGAUCAACUUAUCCAACAACUUUUUCUGGAAUAUUGGUGCUGUAAAUUUUGGCAACUCACUGUCAAGUGUCCAGAUCAUUAACUUGUCAAAUAAUUUAAUUAAUCUUAUUGAUGAAUCCUUAAUCCGUCAAGCCACAAACUUGCAACGAUUAUACUUAACUGAUAAUUCAUGUUCCAACCAGAAUCUUAUUGAAGUCAAUACAAAUGUUAAUCGUACAUUAAAUGACAUAAGAAGUUGUGUAGACAAUUUUGUUGCUGUUCCCUCCAUCAGCUGUACAUACAGUCAAAUCUCAAGCAGUCAAUAUAUGUGUGCAUUGUCAGUUCAUGAUCCAUGGGGAACUGACAACUUCCAAAACAUACCUGGAGAUCAUGUAGGUACUCGAAGAAACGACGAUGUCACAAGUAUUAUGGCUGCUAAUCAAGAUUCUAGGACUGUACCAAAUAUCAUAUGUAGACAGUUCGUUAAUUUAACAGAUAUUUCAAUCUACCGCAGUCGUAUAGCAGCUGUGAAUUUAAGUCCAUUCAUUAACUGCAGAAAUCUACGAAUUUUAAUGCUUGAAGGUGGAUUCAUCACAACUUUGACACCAAAAAUGUUUCCAAAUAAUCCAAAUCUUGAGUAUGUCAGCCUUGCUGAUAAUAGAAUUUUCAACAUAAUGAACGGUGCAUUUCAAGGUGCUAGAAUCAAAACUUUAGAUCUUGCAUUCAACAGGCUGUCUACAAUCAUACCAGAAGUAAUGAGUCCUAUAAGUGACACAUUGACAGUUCUUAACAUGGUCGGUAAUCAAAUUCGUGGUUUCCCAUUCGGAGCAUUUGAGGAACUUACAAGCAUUGAAGAACUUUAUUUGGAUAGAAAUCCAUUGACUGAGCUUAAAGACGAGACUUUCCUUACUCUCUCAAGUUUACGUGUUCUGUCUAUGGCACAUUGUCAAUUAAGAAGACUCAAUGGAGUCAUGUUUUAUGAUUUUGUUAACAUGCACACAUUAAAACUGAAUGAUAAUGAGAUCGAAAUGCUGCCUGAAGGUGCAUUCCACAAUAUGACAAGUCUAGAGGUCCUGUACAUUGGAAAUAACAGAAUCAACUUCUUAAAUGCUACGCAAUUUGGUGGUGCAAUGUCGUCAAUAAGAAUCAUCAAUGCUCCGUCCAACAGAAUUAAUGCAAUUGACAGAAAUCUUCUUCAAAACUCUCCGAACCUUAACAACUUGUUACUUCCUGGAAACAUUUGUAUUGACGAGAGCUUCAAUUACGUCCAAGAUGAGCUUGAAGCUGUUUUAGAUGCACUUAACAUUUGCUUUGAUAAUUUUGAUGUUGAACCUGAAAUUGAAUGUACUUAUGACAUUACAGUCAAUGACGAAUAUCGAUGUGAUGCUCGCAUACAUAACCCAGUUGAUGAAGACUUCCAAGCUAUUGCUGGACAGCACAUGAGUGAUAGAUCUGACGAUGAUGUACAACUAGUCAGUGUCUUGCAACAAAAUACUAAGACAUUCCCAGCUGUGAUUUGCAGACAGUUUAGAGAUAUUAGGGAAAUUUUUGUUAUGGAGAGUCAUUUGGAGAUUCUUGAGGCACCAGCUUUUGAGAACUGCAGGACAUUAGAGCAAAUCUAUGUCAAUCAGAAUAAUAUUGCAACAAUUCCUGCCAGACUGUUCAUUAACUCACCAAACUUGUUCUAUGUCUCAUUAUCGACCAAUAGAAUCAAUCAAGUUCAUCCAGACUCAUUUGUUGGAACUGUCGUUGAGUCAUUGGACUUGGGUAAUAAUCGAUUAACAAAUAUUAAUCCUCAAUGGUUCGCACCAAUCAGUCAAACACUUGACAUGGUAGACUUCUUUGGAAAUUUAUUGACUAGAGUUCCGGACAGAACAUUCACAGCACUUUCAAAUCUAGAGUUUCUUAUGCUUGGCAAUAAUCACGUUGAAUUUGGUGACAAUCCAUUCGAUGGUCUCACAAAUUUAAAGAUCAUUGGUCUCGGACGUAAUGGACUUCGUGAGUUGAAUCCUUUAUGGUUUACUCCAAUCCCACAACUUGAAGAGCUUUUCCUUUGUGGCAAUGGAAUUAGUGAGCUACAGGAUGGAAUUUUCAGUAAUUUCACAAAUCUUUUAACUCUUCGACUUAAUAAUAAUUUCCUUUCCACUGUUCGUGCUGCUUCAAUUGGAUCUGCUGUCAGUACAUUGAGGAAUUUGCAGUUUAUUGGCAAUUACAUCACUUCGUUUGAUCAGGAAAUUCUUAAUGAUGGAACUAAUUUACAAUAUUUGAUGUUGGCUGGAAAUGUCUGCAUUAAUGAAAAUUUCUAUGAUGUGCCAAAUGAACGAAGUCGUAUUAGUGAGCUUUUGCAGCAAUGCUAGACUAAAAUUUUGAUUUAUAAUUUACUGCCUAUGUUAAUUUGGCCUUGAAAGAGUGGCUAAUUAUUAAAUCUAUUAUAAAAAAAAAAACAAUAAAA